CCCUCAACUCAUUCAACAGCAAUAGCCCAUUCUUGUUUGUCCAAGUAUUUUCUUUUUCCCCCAUAAAACCCAAGAAAAUGGCCAAAGGUGGCAAGCUCACCAAGCUGAAGUCAGUCCUCAAGAAACUCAACUCAUUCAAUAAGCAAAGCCGCUCCAUAGCCGCCACCGUGGACUCCUCCUCCUCCACCGGAGAUCUCCACCCGGUGUACGUGGGGAAGUCUCGCAGACGCUACCUGGUAAGCUCGGACGUGAUCGACCACCCGCUGUUUCGCGAGCUUGCAGAGAGGUCGAGUGAGUCGGAUAGUAUCAGCAUUGCAUGUGAAGUGGUUUUGUUCGAACACUUGCUAUGGAUGUUGGAGAACGCUGAUCCACAGCCCGAGUCUCUGGACGAGCUGGUUCAGUUCUAUGCUUGCUGAUAAUUAAUGAUGAGGAUUAUUAAUUAUCUGAAUUUCCAUCAAUAUAUCGUCUAGUAGAUGAUAACUGGAGAUGGGAAUAACUCUGCGGCCAUAGUUAUUCUUAAAGCUCAUCCACAAUAUUAAUUAAUUAACUACGGGUAUAUACAUAUAUAAAUAGAGAGUUGUAAAUUGAUGUGAUAAAAAUCAUUAUGAUAAAAGAGAUUUCAGAGAGAGAGAGAGGGAACCAUUGUUUGUGAUGAAGAUUUUUAAUUAUUUUGAAGCAGCUGGUAAUCUUUGAAAGAGGGGAGUGACUGGUGAGGGUGGUCUCUGUACUUGAAUUUUUAUUUUCUUGAUCUUUUUCAUUUGUAUAAUGGUUUAAUUAUUCCUCUCGUAUUCACAAAA